CAAAAGUCGAUUUACAUAUCCCUAAUAAAACACGUCACAAGAAAAAACACACGUAAAAAUUACGAGAAAAGAAAUAAAAGAACAUAAGAAUAAUUAACUGUUGUCAAAAAAUAAGAAAGGAAGAACAACCUGCAACAUUAGCUAUUUUUACAUUUCAAUUAAUGUUUUUUUAUUCAGUAAAAUAGAGAAAUUGCGGAAAAUAGAAUACACAACGAAGACACUACACAACAAGAGCAAAGAUUCCAACUCCAUCAAUAGCUACAAAAACAACGAGAAAUACAUACCCCCACUUAAGAGAAGCAUUAGCAUCGAUUCCAUCCCAUACAUUGCCCCCAAAGAUUUCAAGCACCUUUGGAAAACGCUUGCAAAAUUGUUGGAAAAAAUCGAAUAGGAAAAAGUGUUGUUAACAUUUUGGCACGAACAUACACACCCAUCCCAGAACUCCACCACAAUGGCCAAUCAAUCAAAUGGACCCACAAAACAGGAAAUGGAGGCCGUCUUUAGUCGCCUAAGGUCUCAGCCAGCCAACAAAGCCUGUUUCGAUUGUGGCGCCAAGGCUCCCACUUGGGCCACAGUAACCUAUGGUGUAUUUAUCUGUAUUGAUUGCUCUGCUGUUCAUCGUAGCCUUGGUGUUCAUUUGACUUUCGUGCGUUCCACCAAUUUGGAUACCAACUGGACCUGGUUGCAGCUGCGUCAGAUGCAAGUUGGCGGUAAUGCAAAUGCCAAUGCAUUCUUUCGUCAGCAUAACUGCAACACCACAGAUGCCCAGCAGAAAUACAAUUCAAGGGCGGCUCAAUUAUAUCGUGACAAAUUAAUGCAACUGGCCCAGCAGGCAAUGAAAGUGCAUGGGACAAAGCUAUUUUUGGAUGGUACCACAGAAAAGCCGGAGAACAAUGAUAAUAACAAAGAAGUGGACUUCUUUGAACAAUGCCAUAAUGAUAAUAAUAAGGAUUCAUUUAAUAAUGAUAAUAACAAUAUUCAAAGCAAUAUUGAAAAGAUUGAUGUUUCUUUGAAGCCCUCAACGCCAACACCCACCGCUGAUAAACAACAACAACAACAACUGUCGACUGGUGCUCCAAGUGUUGAUCUAUUAAAUUCCAUGGUGAAUACACCAACAACUGUUACACCCUCUAUUGGAGUACGCAAAAUUCAACCCAAAAAAGGAGGAUUAGGCGCCCGCAAAGUUGGCGGUCUGGGUGCAACAAAAGUCAAAACCAAUUUCGCUGAAAUUGAACAACGAGCCAAUAUGGCCAAUCAGCUCAAAGAGUCUCCCAUUGUGCCUGAUAAACCUCUUACGGCCGAAGAGGAAAUUGAAUCGGUUGCCAGCAUGCGUUUAGCCUAUCAAGAUUUGUCAUUGAAGAAAAGCCAGGAGGAGGCCAGAUUGAAAAAUAUCGAUCCCAUAAAAGCCAAACAAAUGGAACGUUUAGGCAUGGGUUUCAAUUUGAAGGGCAGUGCUGAUAUAUCCCACUCUGUUUUAAGUGACAUGGAAACCAUACAACAGGCUCCGGCUCCAAAAUCAUCAUCAUCAGUCACUUCAUCAAAUCUAUCAUCCAAAAUGUCGGCAUUCGACAAUGAUAGCUUCUUCAAUGAUUAUUCCACCAGUAUGUAUAGUGGCAAUGGCGGCGGCUUUUCGUCAUCAUCGGCGGCAACAUCGAAUAAAAUCGACAAACAAGAAUUAGAAAUGAUGGGUUUCGAGACAAUCGAACCCAUCGGGUCGACACAUUCAAAUAUUACUUCGAUGUUUAGUGGAGGCGUUGGACAUGAUGGCGAUAAUAAAUCGAAACCAGCAACAACUUCCAGCAGCAGCAGUAAUUAUGGAAAUAGUUAUGUACGUAAAAACCAACAAUCCGUUAGCAAGCAAAGCUAUGAUGAUAAUUCGGCUCAAAAGAAAUUCGGCAGUGCCAAAGGCUUUGGCUCAGAUCAAUUCUUUAACGAUGGCCAAUCGCGAGAGGAUGUUUCAUCAAAUCUAUCACGAUUCCAGGGCUCAUCGUCCAUAUCGUCGGCUGAUUAUUUUGGUGAUGGCUCUAGCCAAAGUAGUCGGGGUGGCUCGAGGGGUGCUGCAGGUGCUUACAACACCGGUGUGGUUAACUUUCAAGCGCCUGAUUUGGAUGAUGUCAAAGAAAGCGUGCGCCAAGGUGUCCACAAAGUUGCCGGCCGUCUCAGCUCAUUGGCCAAUGACGUCAUGUCUUCUCUGCAGGAUAAAUAUGGUUACUGAUAGUGUUUAGUUUAUGUUGAUAGACAGAUAUUGGUUAUGUUUUCAUAAAAAAAAAUACUAAUAAUAUUUGCUUUAGUUUAAAUUUCUUUCUAAUUUCUAUUUUUUUUGUCCAUGAUAUUGUUGGUAUUUUAUAAAUAUUUACUACUCUAUAUUUAAUGUUCUUAUUUUGUCAAAGUUCUAAAUACAAAGAACAUUAAUCUUUUUAAUUUUUGUUUUGAAGAAGAAAAAAAAAAUAUAUAAGAAACCGAAGUGAAUUAAAAAUUCCAUUUUAAAUAGAACGUGUUCAGAAACACAUACCAAAUUCAAUAUUUUUACUAUAUUCCAAAAAACAAACACACACACACAUGCUGUCAAUAUACAUACAUAAAUAAAAAUAAAAAAAACACAUUUUAAUUCAAAAGGAUUACAAACGAAACAAAAGUGCGAUACUUUAAAUAAAUCCAUUUUGAAAAACAAAAGCAAAACUUAAUAUAGAAAUCUUUAAGAAACCAGAAAAAAAAACAAAACAAACGAAAACAUUAUAUUGUGCACCCCUUUAAAGAAAAUGUUAUGUUAUAUAAAUAUAUUUAGCUAUACAACAAAAUGUAUAUUGGAAACAAAACCCAUUAAACAAACAAAACAACAAUAAUAAAAACAAAUCUAAAUGAA